ACUUUAUAGUAGGGCCUAGCUAGUAGAAGUCUCGAAUAGUAUAUGAUGUCUCCCACAAAACAAGGAGCACCCGGAGAGCUAGAUGGAGGCAAACGUCCUGCUAAAGACCCAAAUAUAAGGUUCGAAGGGGACGAAAACCAGAUACGGGGAAAUUGGUCGCAUCCGUUUGAUUUCAUCUUGUCCUGUUUGGGCGUGGCUGUUGGUUUGGGCAACGUAUGGCGGUUCCCGUACCUUUGCUACAGAAAUGGGGGCGGUGCUUUUCUCGUCCCCUACUUCCUGAGUUUGGCUUUUGCUGGCAUGCCCCUGUUCUUCCUGGAGAUGAACUUUGGCCAGUACUGCAGUUUGGGGAUGCUGACUUGUUGGCGAGCUCUGCCCAUCAUGAAAGGAUUGAGCUAUGGGCAGUUUCUCGUGAACUUCUACCUUACAAUCAGUUAUGGUGUUGUCAUCACCUACACCUUCUAUUACUUCUUUGUUUCCUUCACCACACUGCUACCUUGGGUGGGAUGUGGGCAAGUCUGGAACUCUCUCAUGUGCAGUGACAUUGUUGGAGAUUGUCUAAAAGCAGGAGGUAUCAUCACCACAAACAAUGAAUGUAUUCCCAUAAUGAAUCUCACACAACCUGACCUGAUGGACCUCAACGUUACAACGGAUGGCUUAGGGAACUUCAGCCUCGCUAACUACACUGAUCCUUUCAAGGCAAUGCGUAAGACGCCAAGUGAAGAGUAUUGGAUACGAGCUGUUAUACAAGAGACCGAUACGAUGAAUGAAACUGGUGAAAUUGUAUGGCAACUACUGAUAUGUCUCUUCGCUUCCUACUUUGUUGUAUUCAUGUGUCUCAUAAAGGGAAUUAAAACAGCAGGCAAGAUUGUUUACUUCACAGCUACCUUCCCCUAUGUUGUCCUGAUCAUUUUGCUUAUUCGAGGACUAAUGUUGCCUGGCUCUGAAAAAGGCAUUUCAUUCUUCAUUACUCCUCGUUGGGAAUUCCUUGGCAAACCAAAGGUGUGGCUUGAUGCUGUGGUACAGAUUUUCUACUCGUUAAGCGUCGGCUUAGGAGGAUUACACACCCUGGCAUCCUACAACAAGUUCCACAACAACACUUUCAGGGAUACCAUGAUUGUCACUCUUCUAAACUCAUUCACAAGCCUCCUGGCCGGAUUUGCCAUCUUCGCUAUUCUUGGAUACAUGGCAGACUUGCAGGGUGUUGAGGUUGAUGAUGUCGUACGACAAGGUUUUGGUCUUGCAUUUAUAGCCUACCCAGAAGCAGUAGCUAGGAUGCCUGCUGCUCCUGUGUGGUCAGUGCUGUUCUUCUUUAUGCUCAUCACCUUAGGUGUCGACAGUCAGUUUGUUUCUAUUGAGAAAAUGUCAACGGGACUCAUAGAUGAGUUUCCUAAUAUCUUCCCACCGCACAGACGAGUUUGGGUCAAUACUGGAAUAUGCCUGGUACUACUUCUGUGCAGUUUAACUUGUAUUACACAGGCUGGACCCUACUGGAUGUCACUCCUGGAUAACUACGGCGCUAAUUUCGCCAUGGUGCUGUUCGCUUUCCUUCUCUGUGGUGGACUCAGCUGGCUGUAUGGUGUCAGAAGAUUCAAGAAUGACAUCCGAACUAUGCUUGGUAACAAGUUUGUGGACUCCUGGUUCUUCAUGUGGUGGCCGUUUAACUGGGCCGUCUUGACACCAAUGUUGAUGGGGAGUGUCCUCAUCAUGAACUGGAUAAGCUGGACCGAGCCAGAGUACAACGGGGAGUACCCGCUCUGGGCUAGGGCCAUUGGCUGGAUGAUAAUGAUCAGUACACUCCUGGGAAUUCCUGCACAUGCAAUCUUUGAGUUCAUCAGGAACAAAGGGAAUUUUAUGGAGCGCUUGCGUGCAAUCACAUCUCCUGCAGAUUCUUGGGGCCCCGCCUUGGUGGAACAUCGCAGGGAGGCGGCAGAAGUACACACCCUUUAUGGAACAACCAUGGGCGGGGUCGUUGAAUGGAACAAUGGCAACGUGAUCAAUGGAAACACAAAAUAUUUAUCCCUCAAAAAAGAGGACGUCCAUGAAGCAGCAGUUUGAAGGAAAAAAAUAAAGUUGCUAUGAUAAAGACUGAAAAGAGUUCCUUCGUCGAGGAGAGUUAUAACCCUCGGAAAGGGACAAGGCAUGUUUUCCAGAAUCUUCCAAAUCUUCCUAUCAGUUUAUCGUGCCCAGAACCCGUGCUGUGUCAUUUGCAGAUCGCUCACUCUCCUGUUUUGGACCAAAACAAUGGAGCACUCUCCCUAACCACAUCAAGGAUGCUAACAUUAUUCACAUUUUUAAGAAACUCCUCAAAUGUUUUCUAUUCCAACAAGUGUAUCAAAAUUAAUUUCAUCCAACGGUCUUGUGCGCCUUUGACCAACUUUGGUGAUUUUUGGUGCUAUAUAUUCCCAUCAUUCGCUCUCUUCAUUGGCUUCCAAUUCACCAACGCAUCCACUUCAAAAUUCUUCUUCCUGUGUAUAAAGCUUUUCAUAAUUUGGCUCCGGUAUAUCUCCAAGACCUCAUAGCCCUUCAGUCUUCUUCACCUUCGCUCUUCUUCAAUAGCUCAUUUCCGGCUUUCCCCGGGACCCCGCACCAUGACACGCUAUGGCGAUCGGGCCUUUUCAGUCAUAGCUCCAACACUUUGGAACAAGCUACCCACCCACAUUCAAGCAGCUCCUUCAUUGGACACUUUCAA